AUGUUGAUCAUCGGUUUCGAUCGCUCUUCUCAGAGAUCGUCCAGGGCGAUGGGCAGAUGGAGCCUCUUUAGAAUUGGGUACCAAUAUCCAAACCAGAGUACAUGCUUGCCCUACGAAGGUCCGAAAUCCUACGUUGCAGGAGACAAGCGGCUCUUCUCAAACUACCAAACACAGAGCAUGUGAACAGGCAUCUGACCGCAAGAUACCCAAGGUAGC